AUGGGCCCUAUCAAAGAGGUGGACAUGGUCCCUGUGAAAGUGGUGGACAUCAUAGAGAUGGAGGCAGACAGUAGGGAACAGUUGCCUAAUGAAGUCCAGGCCAUCAUCAUUGACCAUGUGGUAAACAGAGACCUUACCAUGGCAGAGGCUGUCAGAGAGGUCUGGGAGAAAUGGGUGGAGCAUCUGCCAUACCUCUACAACCCUGGGCCUGAAGUAACAGUGGAUGAGCAACUGGUUCCAUUCAGAGGUCGCUGUCCUUUCUGGAAGUAUAUGCCCAGCAAGCCAGCAAAGUAUGGCAUCAAGAUAUGGGUGGCCUGUGACGCACAAUCCAGCUACACUUGGAAGAUGCAAGUCUACACAGGGAAGCUGACCAGUGGAGGCCCGGAGAAGAACCAGGGGAUGCGGGUUGUGCUUGAUGUGACAGAUGGACUGAGGGGGCACAAUGUCACGUGUGACAAUUUCUUCACCUCUUGUGAACUCAGCCAGCAGCUCCUGAAGAGGAAGAUCACCAUAGUUGGCACAGUUAGAAAGAACAAGCCUGAG